AUGGCUGACUCUUCAAGAACCAUCAACCACAAGUUGAAUGAAAUAUUGAGUAAAAACAAUAUAAAUAAACUACAGCUUGACGAGUCGACCGCUUUGAAUUAUGCAACGGUUCUCAAGGCCAACAUCUUAGGCAAGGAUAAGCAGGAGAAAGUCAACUCAAUAGUUGUUAUAACAAAGUUGCUAGAUUGCAUUAUUGGCAGUGAUGCAGUCACGGAUGACUUUGUUCGUGUAUUGGAUCACCAACUAUUCAGCACGUUAUUUUCAAUCGUCAGUAUCAACAUGUCUUCUGAGACGUAUAAAGCGAUACUAAAGAUUGCUACUAUUGACAUUUCCGGCGCCGUGUUCAAGUCAAAGGACGAUUCAAUUGUGAGGUACUUGCUGUUGUAUGAAACCUUGGUCGAAUACUUGGAUGUUAUUGACAUAAUGACUACGAAGUUGAUGCUUCAAGACAGCAAGAUUAUUUUCAAUUCGAUAAAGUUGGUUACUGAUCUCAUCAAUAAGGCAUUGAAAUACAACUACGCGGGUAUAAUCACCUUGUCUGGUCGGUUGAAGCAUGUCUUGUUUUUCAGUACGGUUGACAGCUUAGUUGAAUUGACCGAGGACAAGCUUAUUUUGGAGGCAAUUGAGAAGUUGAAGGUGGCAUACUAUGAUCUCAAUGUUUACCUUAACGAUAUUCACUUUGAUUUAUCAAUUCCAGCCCACCAAAUCAUGUUGAAUAACUUGUUUAUCUUUUUGGAAAUAUCGCUUAACGAAUACGGCUCGCCCGCCACUACUUCAGAAUACGUGAAAGCAGGCUUUACCGAAAAUCCCCGCCAGUUUAUCGUGGACAAUUUUUCCAUCCUUCUUGCCAUGGAUUUGAAGAUAUUCUUAAAGGACCCAAACUUUACAUUCAAAAAGAGGUUUCACGAGGAGUUGAUGAUGAGUGAGCAUUCUAGAACAUUUCCAUUGUCGCUAUUCAUUGCAAAGACUUCGAAAAUGUGGAUUGAUAUCUUUGAACAACGUGAGAAAUACCCUAAUAUUGUAAACUCGAUCUUGAACUGGGAGCUCAUGAUUUACUACACCAUGAACAAUUGCCUUAUUCUCUGGCAAGAGACAAAGUCACAAAACAAUAAACUCGACAUUGACAAGAUUCUUCAGUUAUUGGAAUCUACCAUUGACACAUCUGAGGAGCAAUUGGGUGAUGCCAAGUCGAUUGAAGAGUGUCUUGACAUUACCUCAACGAGAUCAGGAGAUGACAUGAGGCACAACCAGGCCUCAAAGAUUAGCGAAGACUUUAUCAACAAAUGGAACCCUAAAUUCACUGAAUUUGAUCAAGAGCUCAAUAAGGAAGUGGCUCAGUUAGUGUCGGAGCAGAGAGUGGUGCAGUUAUUGAAAGGAUCGUGGGUUUUCACCGAAUCAUUCGGAGAGGCGCUAUUUAGCUCAAGGAAGAAUUCGUCAUCGGCCAAAUAUUAUUACAUUGUCUUGUCACCAAAUAGGAAAUGGAUAUACUUUAAAGAAUACAGUGAAAAGCCCAGCACCAAUCCAAGUAUUGAAGAGUUGGAGCAAACAGGUGGAAUCAAGUUGAAUGACAUUCAAGAUUUGAAAUCGAUCAAAAUUGGUGAAUCGAUUGGUGAAAAGGAAAAGCAAAAGAAUACCAUGUUGAUCUCGAUCAAAGGUACCAUUUCGUACGAAAAGAUUACCAUCCUCGGGACGAACAAAACCAAGUUGCUUUCGUUCUACACAGACUCUGAUGUUAACCGGUUUGUGUGGUUGGAUGGGUUGAAAAUGUUGAAGGGAAUAAAGUCAUUGUCGGAGGAGACCCAAAAGCAAAUUGCGUCGUUGAUUGAAAUUAGGAAAAAUACUCAGUCGUUGUCCUUGGAGAGUAAUGAGGCUGAAAGUGACGACGGUGAUGAGGAUGAUGAUGAUAAAUUUUACAAUUACGACGAAUUGGAGGCACUUGCAGCCAGCGUAUAG